AUGGAGGACCUGAGAAAGAGUCCAGCUGAAUAUAGGACAAAAGAGCAACCUGUGAAGACGACGGAGAUGGGCUCACGUUGUGUGGUGUUCACUUACUAUCAGGGGGACAUUAACAGUGUUGUAGAUGAACACUUUUCCAGAGCAUUAAGGAAUACAAAAGACCCACAGGACUUAAGCACAAAAAGCAGAAAUGAUGACUUUCUGCAGAAGAGCUCAAAUAACAUGAUGGCAGACGAAUUUAACUGGACAAAACAGUACCAAGCCAAUCCCUCUGUUAGGAUGACAUCUCCUGGGUUAUCAUCACUUACCUCUCCGGAGCAUUACUCACCAGCUGUUUACCAGCAACACCCGCAUCAUCAUACUCAGCCUUCAGAUUUGUGGCAUUUUCACCAUUUUGGAGCACCAAGCCAUGUUAACUCUGUGUAUCAUCACCCCUCUGUCCCAGAGUUUCAAAUGGUACCAGGUCCCGAUGGAAAAUGUAAUUCAUUUCUCAAUCUUCUUCAACCUGAGAGGUAUUCAGGCCCUUUGCAGGAGUCAAUUUCAAAACCAGAAUACCUUGCAUCGGCAGCUGCAGGGUCACCCGUACCAGAAAACCUAAAUCAGAGGACAAAUUCACAGACAGGUCUUCAUCCACAAGAUAGAAGAAAAGAGUUUUUCCAUGGACAAGAAAGAAGGAAGGAUUUAUAUUUUUAUUAGGUGUUAUUUUUUGUUAGUGUGUUCCUAAAGCAGAAUUUUUGCCUUGCG